AUGUUCACUCCCAACCGCAACGACAACUGGAAUGACCAGCGGAACGGCCAAUGGCAUAGACAAAACCUCUCGCCCACGCAGCCGGCGACUACCGGAACCAGCAUCACCAACAUCAUGAUGACGAGACAUCAAAGCCCCAUGCCAAACGGCAAUACGAGUCUAUUGGACACAGACUCACUGCUUAAUACACUGCGUUACGAAAACAGACAGCUGCACCGGCGUGUCGAAAGCUUAAUAACUUCAAACAUCUUACUGCGCCGGGAGACGCGGAAUCUGAAGCAGGAACGCGAAGAGUUGAUUACAGAGCAUAAGCAAAUGAGGUUGGGUACUCAGGAGAUAGUUGCGCAGAUUCAGGCACUUGAUGCGGAGGUCGAGGACCUAGCUGCUGCCAACGGACGCUUGGCUGAUGAGAAUGUGCGCUUGAGGGAUGAGGUGGAGAGUCUUCAUGCAGAGUUUGAUGAGAUGGGAGAGAUGGCCGGUUAGAUGAUGAGCGAGCAGGCCACAGUUGUUAGUUGUUCAUGGGAAUGGAAAUGGAAUCGCU